AUGAUCUGCAAAAUACUGCACCUAAGAAUUGCGGCUGAGAAGGCUGAAGCUGAGAGAAUUGCAGCUGAAAAAGCUGAAGCUGAGAGAUUAGAAGCUGAGCGAAUUGCAGCUGAGAAGGCUGAAGCUGAGCGAUUAGAGGCUGAACGAAUUGCUGCUGAAAAAGCUGAAGCUGAGCGAUUAGAAGCUGAGCGAAUUGCAGCUGAGAAAGCUGAAGCUGAGCGAUUAGAAGCUGAGAGAAUUGCAGCUGAGAAGGCUGAGGCUGAACGAUUAGAAGCUGAGAGAAUUGCAGCUGAAAAAGCUGAAGCUGAGCGAAUUGCAGCUGAAAAAGCUGAGGCCGAGAGAUUAGAAGCUGAGAGAAUUGCUGCUGAAAAAGCUGAAGCUGAGAGAAUUGCUGCUGAGAAGGCUGAGGCUGAACGAAUUGCUGCUGAGAAGGCUGAAGCUGAGCGAUUAGAGGCUGAGAGAAUUGCAGCUGAAAAAGCUGAGGCUGAACGAUUAGAAGCUGAGCGAAUUGCAGCUGAGAAAGCUGAGGCUGAACGAUUAGAGGCUGAGAGAAUUGCAGCUGAGAAAGCUGAAGCUGAGCGAUUAGAGGCUGAGAGAAUUGCAGCUGAGAAGGCUGAAGCUGAGCGAAUUGCUGCUGAGAAGGCUGAAGCUGAGAGAAUUGCUGCUGAAAAAGCUGAGGCUGAGAGAAUUGCAGCUGAGAAGGCUGAGGCUGAACGAUUAGAAGCUGAGCGAAUUGCAGCUGAAAAAGCUGAGGCUGAGCGAAUUGCAGCUGAGAAGGCUGAAGCUGAGAGAAUUGCUGCUGAGAAGGCUGAAGCUGAGAGAAUUGCUGCUGAGAAGGCUGAAGCUGAGCGAUUAGAGGCUGAGAGAAUUGCUGCUGAAAAAGCUGAAGCUGAACGAAUUGCUGCUGAGAAGGCUGAGGCUGAACGAAUUGCUGCUGAGAAGGCUGAAGCUGAGCGAUUAGAGGCUGAGAGAAUUGCUGCUGAAAAAGCUGAAGCUGAACGAAUUGCUGCUGAGAAGGCUGAGGCUGAACGAAUUGCUGCUGAGAAGGCUGAAGCUGAGCGAUUAGAGGCUGAGAGAAUUGCAGCUGAGAAGGCUGAAGCUGAGCGAUUAGAGGCUGAGAAGGCUGAAGCUGAGCGAAUUGCUGCUGAAAAAGCUGAGGCUGAGCGAAUUGCGGCUGAGAAGGCUGAAGCUGAACGAAUUGCAGCUGAGAAGGCUGAAGCUGAACGAAUUGCAGCUGAGAAAGCUGAGGCUGAGAGAAUUGCAGCUGAAAAAGCUGAGGCUGAGAAAGUUCCAGCGAUCGUGGAGGGAUCGGCGCUUGACCGUCUCCUGAAAUCCACUCCUGCGAUCCCCAUCAACACAGAAGCUGAGCCUCCAGUUGCGGGGGAAGAGAUCCUGAGUCCCUCGCAGCAAAUGCUGAUCAUGGGCAUUCUGAGCAGUACAAUCAGCAGCUGCGAAGCCUCGCCUGACAUUGUGUACCACACUUCUCUCCACCGCGAAUUCAAUCAGAAGGGAGAAACCCACGUAGAGGAUUGGAAUGUGGAUAUCGCCUACAACCGAUUCAAAGCGCUCUCCGAAUACCUCGCCCACUUCUACAAAAUCGCCCUCCCCAAGCUUCCUUCCGCUCCCAAACGAAACGCUAACGCCGAGAAGCUCAAAGCAGCCGCUGCGGCUAUGAAUGAAUACCUCCAGAACGUGCUGACGCUGCGAAAUGGCGGCCUGAUCGACGGCUGCUUCAGCGAUGGCUCGGUGGAGCCGGAAGUCGCGCUAACGACCGACGUUCUGCAGCUCGUUCUGCGCGGAUACGGCAUUCACAACCCGCUGGGACAGCGCCAGGGCGGCGUGCGCGUGAAAUUGGAGCUCACCGAAACCAUUUUCAAUUCCUACAUGAGCGAAGAGUGCCGAUUGGCGCUUCAGAACGACUGCUGCGCAGACUGCGGCGUGCGGAUCGGCGAGAAACAUAAUUUCUUAAAGAAGGACUACCGAUACUGCGAGUACAGCCAUUACUACUAUUGUUUGAAUUGCCAUACAAAACGAACCAUGAUGAUUCCUUCCCGAAUGGUUCGUCAGUGGGACUUCAAGCAAUAUCCGGUGGCCAAUGUCUGCGCUGACUAUCUAAGCAACAUCUACGAACAGCCAGUGAUUUGUAUCAGCGCGCUGGAUCCGGUGUUGGUCGAAAAGAACCCUCUACUGACCCGUUUGCGAUCGUUGCGGACGGUUCUGAGCUACAUGUACGACUAUAUCAAAGUGUGCAAGCAGAUGAACGAUCUGCUUCGUCUGCUGGAGCCGCGAUUGUACUUGAUGACGGGCACGGAGAUGCUGUCUAUCAAAGAUUUUGAGGAUGUAAGAGGAGCCGAUUUGGGUUUGAUGUCUAGUUGA